GAAGCCCUAGCCUUUGCCUUGCCCUUCCACCCCCUUUCCUCCCCUUCCCCGCCGCGCCUCCGCCUCCACCACAGCCGCGGCGCCAUGUACCCAAGCCCGUACGGCGGCUCCGGCGCCGGCGCUGGAGGGAAGAUCCGGCGCCGCCCGCCGACCCGCGCCGCCUCCACGCCCUACGAACGGCCCCCAGCCGCCGCCGCCGCGCACCGCCUCGCGGCCGCUGCUGCAGCGGCGUCCGCUUCCUCGGGGCCGGGCGGGGAGGGCGGCGGUGGGACUGGGAGCGGCGGGUGGGUAUCCCGGCUCGUGGACCCGGCCUCCCGCCUCAUCGCUGGCGGCGCCGCGCGGCUCUUCGGCUCGGUGUUCCGCAAGCGCCUCGCCCCACCGCCGGCCCCGUCGUCGCCUCCCGGAAGAAAUAAUGAUCCAACACAGGACUUACCUGAUUCAACUAAUGUUGAUUCACCUCCACUCCCAGAGGGUGGAAUGGAUAAUGGGAAGAACAUAGCUGCGACAUCAGAUGACAAAGCAUUGUCUGAAGUAGAGCACUUGUUAAUGCGGAAGACGUUCACUAGGGUUGAGUUUGAUCGUCUUACAGACUUGUUGCGUGCAAGAACCAUUGAGCCUGAUCCGCCUACAUCUAUUGUUUCACGUGAGGAAAAGAAUGAAGAUAUUAGAAUUGAUGGAAUAGGAGGCUCCACAUCACACCAGAUGGCUGCAGAUAAAUCUCCGACUGUUAAAGUACAUAGUCAUGGUACCAGUUCUCCUGCAGAACUUGCGAAACAAUAUAUGAGCUCCCGUUAUUCGAGGGAACCCCAAUCAAGUAAUCUGCGGAGCCGAUUGUUUCUUGAGAACAAAGGUGAAGCAAGCAACACUGCCUAUGAUAGGAGAUUUGGACCACCAAUUGUUCAGGCACCAAUUGAAUUUGGGAAUGAAAACCCUGGGCUCCCUGUAAAUGGCUAUGUGACUUCGGGAUUACGUGGGCGGUCAGCGAUAUAUAGAAUGUCCCGCUCUCCAUAUUUUAAGGCUCCGAGCUCUAGCGAAGUGAACAGAUCUUCAUUGUCCCAACGAGCACAAAGUUUGCAUGUCGGUGGCAGGCAGGUAUUGAAACGAAGAGGGGGUGACUUAGAGAAUGAAGUUGGAUCCAUAGGUCCCAUUCGCAGAAUCCGGCAGAAGUCAAAUAUGAUGUCUCCUUUUAGAGAUGCUCAUUCAGUUCCUCGAGGAAACCUUCUUACUAGCCGUACAAGUGAUUCUGAUUUCAUUGAAGACAGCACAUCCAUCCAGGAAUCUCCGAGCUCAGAAAGACUAUUGCUUGGAACAAGUCAAUCUGUGAGGCCCCUAGGAUCCCAUAAUAAUGGAGAUGGUAAACCUAGUGAUAGCGCUCCACCCAUACCAGCUCAAUCAAACAAGAUGGCAGAGAAGAUAUUUGAGCAGCUUAAUAUAAUAGCUCCAUCGCCUAAAGAGAAGCAGUCUGGACAGCAAUCUGUAACUGGUAAUGCUAGUAAUUCAAUGUCAAAGAAACCCAUUUUGCAAGAUGCUGGACCAAGCAGUAUGUAUGACCCGUCUAGUUCCCUGAAAUUUCAAGAUUUGGAUGGUGCAAAUGGACCCCUUGAUCCAGACUUGAAUGGUUCCCUGUUGAAGAAAGACAAGCUAAAUAUGAUAAAAGAUGGACCAUCAAAAGUUGCUUUGUCUGAUAAGUCUACCUUUUUGGGGAACUCAGUAUCUGCUUCUACAUCACGGAAACCAAGCUUUAAAAUGGCUGUGAUAGAGGACUUACCAGAGUUCGAUGAUGAUCUGGAGGUCCCCAUUCCAUCCAAGAGCCCAUCAAGUAAGAUAGAGAUUGAAACAACUGGGCAGAGAUCUGAGUCAAUUAGAAAAGAGCAGAAAGUUGAACAAAAUAUAUUAGAGCAAAAGGUUGAAUCAAACUUAAUGAAGAAGAACAUUGUUGGUUCUCCGGUUAGUGAACAGCCUGUAGCAUCACUAUCUAAAACUGUCUCUUCAUCUGGUGGUUUGCUUUCAUCAAAUGAUCCUGGAAAAGCAGUUCCCAAAGCUUCUGUGGAUAAGAAUGCUGGUUUUGCAUUCUUGAAUGCGCCUCCUGGCACCCGUCCUGCAAGUGUGUCAGCAAUGCCGCUUGCUCCAGUUAAUGACGAUAAACAGACUGGCGCUUCAAAUUUUAUUUUUGGCCUCAAGCAGUCUAAUACAUCAGAUUUGGAAACACCGAAUGUUAAAAACAAUUCAACACUUGGGCAGAGUGUCACCAAGCUAACAACAUCCGACAACAGUUCUGAGAAAGGCGAUAAAACAGAAAAAGCAGAAGAUGUCAUUAAAUCAUCGGACAAGGUUUUGCCAUCAGCUGCAUCAACAACACAGAAUGUGCCUGUCCAUUUUGCUUCCGCUGCAUCUACUUCUGCGAGCCUGAGCAAUGGCUUCCCGCACUCUUCAUCACCAAAGCUUGCAACUGUCCCACCUACUGAUAAACCUUCUGUUGGCUCAGCUGCUUCCACCUUGUUUGCUGUGUCCAGUAGCAGUCCAGCUAUUUCAUCAUCAUCAUCUCCUGCAUUUACAGGAUUUAAUUUUUCUUCCAGUGCUUCGGUUGGCUUGUCAUCAGCAAAAUCAGAUGGCACAACUGCCGGGGUAAAGCCAGCUAGCACCCUAUCAUUUGGAAUAGGAGGUGCUACAGAUGAUGCAAAGUCUACAGCUCCAGAUUCAGCCAGCAUGCCACCAUCAAAACUUACAUCACCUAUUUCAAGUUAUCCAAUCACAUCUGCGCCUACUUCCUCUCCAGUUGUAGCUUCAAGUGAUGCUGCAGGCUCAGCUACGGCUGCACCAUCUAAUACUUCCACUGCACCUGGUGUUCAGGCUGCUUCAACCGCAUCAUUUACAUUUCCAAGCUCCGGAAACAGCCUUUUUGGGUUCAACUCGCCAGCCCAGCCUACUGGCCUCAGCACAUCAUCGGCUGCUGGCAGUACCUCUCAACCAUCUGCUGCUAGCACAUUCUUUGGUAGUAAGCCGACGCAGUCAGAGGGCACAAUUCAACAACCAUCCCAGAGUCCCAAACCACAAUUUGGCUCACCAUUCCCGUCCGUGACUCCUGGUGUUGGAGCUUCUUCAUCUGGAUCUGGGACCUUAUCUUUUGGAAUUGGAGCUUCCUCGACUGGUUCAGGGACCAUGUCAUUUGGUGUUGGAGCUUCAUCAUCCACACCUGGAACUUCAUCAGCUUUUGGGGCAGCAGCUCCCUCAUCAGGACCUGGGAUUUUCUCUUUUGGUGCAGGAACUUCCUCAUCAGGAUCUGGAACUGUUUCCUUUGGAGUUGGAGCUGCCUCAUCUGGACCUGGGACCGUGUCUUUUGGAGCAGGAACUGCCUCAUCUGGACCUGGGGCCGUGUCUUUUGGGGCAGGAACUUCCUCAUCAGGAUCUGGGACUGUUCCCUUUGGAGUUGGAGCUGCCUCAUCUGGACCUGGGACCGUGUCUUUUGGAGCAGGAACUGCCUCAUCUGGACCUGGUACCGUGUCUUUUGGAGCUGGAGCUGCCUCAUCUGGACCUGGGACCGUGUCUUUUGGAGCAGGAGCCUCCUCAUCUGGACCUGGAACUGUCUCGUUUGGAGCAACAACAUCUACAUCGGGUUCUGGAUUUGGUAAUUCACCAUUUGGAACUGGAGCUACAUUUGCGAACCCAUUCAGCUCUAGCUCAGGUACUGGGUUUACAUUUUCUUCAGCUAGCUCUUCUGCUGGUGCAUCAGCAGUGGCCAGUACAAGUGUAUUUGCCAGCACCUCCACAGCUUCGUCAGCCUCCACUUUCAGCAACCCUUUCGGCUCAAGUUCAUCCCCUCCCAGCACAUUUACAUUUGGGCAAUCAGCGUCUUCAAGCGGUGGUUUUGCAUUUGGAGCACAGCCAGCUCCAACUUUCUCAUCUCAGCCUUCUGUUUUCUCGUUUACCUCAGCAAACACAGGCAUAAACUCGUCUACUCCGCAGCCUGCAUUUGGAAUGGCAAAUACGAACACAGCCUUUGGCAUGGGCUCCCCUGGAAAUGAUCAGAUGAAUGAAGACAGCAUGGCAGAUGACACGAACCAAGCAGCACCAGCACCGGCACCAGUAUUUGGUUCACCCUUCGGACAGCAGAAUAGUACGCCUGCUGCCCCGGUAUUUGGUGCUCCUGCAGUCCAGCCAGGUGGAGCUUUUCAGUUCGGGGGCCAACAACAAGCAGCACAGCAGAACCCAUCCUUCCCAGCUGCAGGCAGUCUAGAGUUUCAGGGUGGGAAUUUCUCAUUGGGCAGCGGUGGAGGUGGCGGUGACAAGUCGAACAGAAGAAUGAUCAAGGUCAAAAGGGCACCAAAGAAGAGAUAAACCCCUCUGUUGGAAUGAUCAAUGUCGAACAGAAGAAUGAUCGGACCUGCACCUCUCGUGACAACUCUCGGCUCGGUUGAUAGUCAAGGGACAGAAAGAUAACUACGAUCCGGUUCAUACGGCCAUACAGAUUUGCCAGCAGCAGGACCAUAGCACCACAUCCCAUGGCUGGCUUGUAAACCAACCCCCAAAGGUCAGUGUAAGAGUCUUCCCCACCCAAUUCAUUUGCUCGUCUGAGCCGGCCUGCAUGUCUGCAUGUUGUGUCAUACGCUUGUGCUCUUGGGGUGUAAAAUAGAACCACAAAAGACGUGUCUCCAGGUGUAAUUUUUGGUUCCCUGCCAUCUCCGUUUUUUUUUCCCUCCUGGUCUGCCUCCGGUAUAUUUGUCUCGGAGUGUAAUGCACUGUUGUAUUUUUGUUUACAUUCAACAAGCUCUGGACUCUAGCUUAGAAAAAAUAUCUAUCCAAACCUCGCUUUCUAGCA